CCGAUAGUUGUUGCGGGAAGUUGUCCGUGUGCGCGCGGUCUAGCACCACGUGCCCUCCGCUUGCGUGAGAUCCAUCGCGGUGGAAAUACCGUCGUUCCACGAUCGCCGAUACGAUCCGUUCUGUCGCGCGCACAGCAUGGAAUUACCGACCGCGGACGCAUCACAACCGAAGGCCAUAAGAAUGCCGGGUUCGUCGGAGAGCGAGAACGCGGCGGAGGCGCUCGACGAGCCGUUCCUCAGCGUCCUGGACAUCAUGCUGGUCGCCAGCCUCUUCAUAGCGGCGGCAUGGUGGCUCUUGAAAAGGAGAAAGCAGGAGGAACCGCCCACAAAGUCCUACUCUAUCCAACCGACGUCAUUCACUACUACGUCGCCGUCAGAGAACUCCUUCAUCAAGAAACUGAAGACCUCCGGGCGAAGCCUAGUGGUAUUCUAUGGCAGCCAAACGGGUACUGCCGAAGAAUUCGCGGGUCGUCUUGCCAAGGAGGGUAUCAGGUACAAGAUGAAGGGCAUGGUGGCCGAUCCUGAGGAGUGCGACAUGGAAGAAUUGGUGCGCCUGAAAACUAUCCCGAACAGUUUGGCGGUAUUCUGCAUGGCCACGUACGGCGAGGGCGAUCCUACCGAUAACGCGAUGGAGUUCAUCGAUUGGCUUAAGAGCGGCGACGCCGAUCUCUCAGGACUAAAUUACGCGGUAUUCGGACUGGGUAAUAAGACUUACGAGCACUAUAAUGAGAUUGGUACAUAUGUGGAUCAUAGAUUAGAGCAACUGGGUGCUACGCGCGUUUGCGAGUUAGGUCUUGGGGAUGAUGACGCAAACAUAGAGGAUGAUUUCAUCACAUGGAAAGAUAAAUUUUGGCCGGCUGUCUGCGAAUUCUUCGGCAUCGAAGGAGCUGGUGAGGAUGUUAGUAUUCGACAAUACAAACUCACGGAACACGUGGAUCUACCGACCGAUCGUAUUUACACCGGAGAGAUCGCGCGUCUUCAUUCCUUCACGAAUCAAAGACCGCCGUAUGAUGCGAAGAACCCAUUCUUGGCUCCUGUGAAAGCGAAUCGCGAACUACAUGGUCCGGCAUCUGAUAGAUCGUGUAUGCAUAUAGAAUUCGAUCUCGCAAACUCCAAGAUGCGUUACGAGACGGGCGAUCAUUUAGCUGUCUAUCCCGUAAAUGACGAGGAGCUGGUGAACAAAAUUGGCGAAAAAUGCGGCGUGAAUUUGGAUACUAUUUUCACCCUUACGAAUACAGAUGAGGAAUCUACGAAGAAGCAUCCAUUCCCUUGCCCUUGCAGCUAUAGGACUGCCUUGACACAUUACUUAGAUAUUACAAGUAAUCCGCGUACACACGUUCUCAAAGAGUUAGCAGAGUAUACGACAGAUCCCGCAGAAAAGGAGAAGCUGAAGCUGAUGGCGUUGACCACCGCGGAGGGCAAAGCGGCCUAUCAACAAUGGAUAAUUCAAGAGAAUCGCAACAUUGUACAUAUAUUGGAAGAUAUUUCCAGUUUGAAGCCACCAUUAGAUCAUCUGUGCGAGAUUUUGCCACGAUUACAGUGUCGAUACUAUUCGAUAUCUUCGUCUCCGAAGCUUUAUCCAACUUCAGUUCAUAUUACGGCAGUGGUAGUGGAAUACAAAACUCCGACCGGCAGAAUAAACAAAGGUGUGACGACUACUUGGCUGAAGCAGAAACAUCCCUCCGAUCCACCUUGUCUCGUCCCGAUUUUUGUAAGGAAGUCUCAGUUCCGUUUGCCGACGCGCCCGAGUACUCCUAUCGUCAUGAUCGGUCCGGGCACUGGUUUAGCGCCGUUCAGAGGUUUCAUACAAGAACGGGAAUUCGCGAAAAAGGAAGGUAAACAGGUAGGCGACACGAUACUAUACUUCGGAUGUAGGAAAAGUCAAGAGGAUUAUAUCUAUCGUGAAGAGUUAGAGGAUUACGUAAAGAGUGGCUUAUUAACAUUGCACACUGCAUUCAGUCGAGAGCAAGCGCACAAAGUUUAUGUUACACACUUGCUCGAGAAGAACAAGGAAGAAUUAUGGCGUGUCAUUGGCGAGCAAAAUGGGCAUAUUUACGUUUGCGGGGAUGCAAAAAAUAUGGCUCGCGAUGUGCAUAAUAUAUUACUCAAAGUAGUAAUGGAACGUGGCAAAAUGUCAGAAGCUGAUGCCGCAAAUUACAUCAAGAAGAUGGAAUCCCAGAAGCGAUACUCUAGUGAUGUUUGGAGUUGAGCCAUAUUAAUUGUAUGAUAAAAAAAUAUACAGAAGUAUUUUUUAAGUAGGAGGGUCAGAGCUUGAUACUUUGAAGCGAUGAAACGGUCGUUAUUAAUCACAAAUCACCUCUCAUUUUAAUUAUAAUUUUCAUGAUAAUUUUUAUUGAAUUAUUGAAUAGCCAGAGCCAGCAUUAAGCACAAUCUUUUUUAAACUUUACGCAAGAUAUUUGCUAUAUCUAAUGUAUUUAUCGUAUUUGUGCCUUUGUAGAUAAAGAGUGAAUUGUUUAAAUGUUUCGAAAUUAUUUAUGUA